UUUGUUCAAAGGUUAUGUUUUUAUUGCAGCGGUAUAUUUGUGUUUUUAUGUGUUGUUAUUUAUGUUGGAAGAAGAGCAUGCAAGGAGGACAACAAAAAAAUCCUGCAUUGUAGCAGAUUUAUGUGUUGUUUUUGGCUGUUGUUUUUGGAUUCUGUGCUAUCAGUCCUGGUCAUUCUUAAUGGGUAUUUUGUUAGGCUCACUUUCCUUCUAAGGACUUGUAUGGUUCUUUUGUUAACAUAGGACUCCAAGUGGUCAAUUAACGAGCAUCAGCAUAGUAAUCUUGUUCUUAAAAUGGUACUAAAUGGAAUUCUUUGUUAUUCAUUUUCUCAUUCUUGAUAACAGAGAGAAAAGUAGCAGAAAGUUUUGAUCUUGAUGGAAUCAAGGGCAAUACUUGCCACUGGUUUUGGACCGAGGAAGUGUGCAAAGAUAGGGCAGCCCCUCAAGGAUCAGAUUAGUCGGCUUCCAGAUGAAAUUCUUGUUUAUAUUCUGUCUUGCCUAACGCUAAAAGAAGCUGCCAGAACAAGUGUUCUUUCAAAGCGUUGGAUAGAUCUAUGGAGGUCCAUGGCUUGCCUUGAUUUUGAUGCUUCAAAAGUGCUAAAGAAGAUGUUCUCAAUAUCCAGCUGGGGAAGGUAUGCGGACUUUGUUAGAAAGGAAAGGCGUAAGUAUGUUGAAUGGGUUGACAAGGUGCUGCUUCAAUCAGACAAGUCCUUGGCAUUAGAUGAUUUGAGAGUUGCUUUUUGUUUGGACAAUUUUUAUGGAGACAAGAUUCAUAAAUGGCUUCAGCAUGCAUUUGCAAGGAGAGUGCAAAGGCUAGAAUUGAACGUGUUUGCAGAUGAUGACCCGGCUUCUUCUCAAGAAUCAUAUACUUUUCAUUAUGAACUUUUUUGCCUUAGCAGUGGUCAAUCUCAACCUGGUUACUCUGAAAUCCAUCAUCAUGCACAGAUUGGCUUCAAGUCCCUUAGAGCAUUGAGUUUGAAAAGUCUGAAUGUAACUGGGGAGGUACUGGAAUUCUUCUUGAUCAAUUGUCCAUUUCUUGAGCGCCUGGUAGUGGAGGCCUCUUCAGUUUUGAUCAACCUUCGAGUUUGUGGUCCAUCUAUUGCCUUGAAAUAUCUGGAGAACGUCCCCAUGCUUGUGAAUGUAUGGGUUUCUGGGAAUUCCCGUAACUUGAUCAGGGAUGUUACUUCUUGGCUUUCUUGCUGCUUGUCAAAACUAGAGGUUCUUACUUUACGUGCCAACAAGUUUCAAGUUUCACAGGAAAAAGGAAUUGUUCAUGAGCUUCCUCAACUUACUAAUCUGAAGGAGUUCGUCUUAAUAGCUUCUGCAUCAAAAGAUCGCAGUUUGAUUGGAUUUACUUCUUUGAUCAGGGCUUCGCCCAACUUGGAGAAGUUUGUGCUGAAGCUGGAAUCGUGGUGGGGUGAUAUGGUCAGGGGAGAUAGAAAGUUGAAGAAAGCUGCUAGCUUUCCGCUCCAACAUCUGAAAGUGGUUGAGUUGCUUGGAUACUAUGGUCGCAGAAGUGAACUUGAACUUGUUGAAUACUUCCUCGAAAACGCUAUUGUCCUCGAGAAACUUAUAAUUGACCCUCGUGAUCCUUGUAAUGUCACUUGGCCCAAAACGCGCAAGGAAAGAAAGCAGGAAAAGAAGCAGGAAAAGUUAGCUAGAAUUUGUGCCAAGCAACAGAUCGAGGGAUUAAUACCUUCACAUAUUGAAUUUUCGAUUCUAUAGUUGCAAACAGCAAAUGCAGCUAAAUUUAGGUUCAUGUACAAUUAGUUUUAGCGAUUGCUUUUAAGUUAUCUUAUUUAUAUCUGUGUUCCUUAAAA